AUGGAGGUCGCGAUGGUGAGCGCGGAGAGCUCAGGGUGCAACAGCCAUAUGCCUUAUGGCUACGCGGCCCAGGCCCGCGCCCGGGAGCGCGAGCGCCUGGCGCACUCGAGGGCCGCGGCCGCCGCCGCCGUCGCCGCCGCCACCGCGGCCGUGGAAGGUUCUGGAGGGGGUUCCGGAGGGGGCUCCCACCACCACCAUCAGGCGCGGGCGGCCUGCGCCUCCCACGACCCUCCGAGCGGCCGCGGGAGCCGCAGGAGGAGGCGCCCGCGGCCGGAGAGGAGGAGAGCCCACCUCCGGCAGGGCACCUUCCCGCACUGCGCAGAGCUGAUGCCCAGCGGCUCCGAGGAGAAGAUCCUGCGGGAGCUGAGCGAGGAGGACGAGGAGGAGGACGAGGAAGACGAGGAGGAGGACGAGGGGAGGUUCCCGCGCGGCGAGGAGGAGCGCGGCGACGAGGGCGCCUAUGCCGACCUGCUGCCCCCCGAGGCCGGGCCCGGCGGCGCCUACGCCGUGCGCUGCGGCGACUGCUGCGAGCGCGUGGUCAUCAACGUGUCGGGCCUGCGCUUCGAGACCCAGAUGAAGACCUUGGCGCAGUUCCCCGAGACCUUGCUGGGGGACCCUGAGAAGAGGACGCAGUACUUCGACCCUUUGCGCAACGAGUACUUUUUUGACAGGAACAGGCCUAGCUUUGAUGCCAUCUUGUAUUAUUACCAGUCAGGGGGCCGCCUCAAGAGGCCGGUCAACGUGCCCUGCGACAUCUUCACCGAGGAGGUGAAGUUCUACCAGCUGGGCGAGGAGGCCCUGCUCAAGUUCCGGGAGGACGAGGGCUUCGUGAGAGAGGAGGAGGACAGAGCCUUGCCGGAGAAUGAGUUUAAAAAGCAGAUUUGGCUUCUCUUUGAGUACCCGGAGAGCUCCAGCCCGGCGAGGGGCAUCGCCAUCGUCUCCGUCCUGGUCAUCUUAAUCUCCAUCGUCAUUUUCUGCCUGGAGACUUUGCCUGAGUUCAGGGACGACAGGGAUCUCAUCGUGGCCCUGAGCGCGGGCGGGCACGGUGGGUCCUUGAAUGACACCUCGGCACCCCACCCGGAGAACUCGGGGCACACGAUAUUCAACGACCCCUUCUUCAUCGUGGAGACGGUCUGUAUUGUUUGGUUUUCCUUCGAGUUUGUGGUUCGUUGCUUUGCUUGUCCCAGCCAAGCCCUCUUCUUCAAAAACAUCAUGAACAUCAUUGACAUUGUCUCCAUUUUGCCUUAUUUCAUCACCCUGGGCACCGAUCUGGCCCAGCAACAGGGGGGUGGCAAUGGUCAGCAGCAGCAGGCCAUGUCCUUUGCCAUCCUCAGGAUCAUCCGACUGGUCCGCGUGUUCCGGAUCUUCAAACUUUCCAGACACUCCAAGGGCCUGCAGAUCCUGGGCCACACCCUCAGAGCCAGCAUGCGGGAGCUGGGCCUUCUGAUCUUCUUCCUUUUCAUCGGGGUCAUCCUGUUCUCCAGCGCUGUGUAUUUCGCGGAGGCGGAUGAACCCACCACCCAUUUCCAAAGCAUCCCAGAUGCGUUCUGGUGGGCUGUGGUGACCAUGACGACUGUGGGCUAUGGGGACAUGAAGCCCAUCACUGUGGGGGGCAAGAUCGUGGGGUCCCUGUGCGCCAUUGCGGGUGUCCUGACCAUCGCUUUGCCUGUGCCCGUCAUUGUCUCUAACUUCAACUACUUCUACCACAGAGAGACUGAGAACGAGGAACAGACACAGCUGACACAGAACGCGGUCAGUUGCCCAUACCUCCCUUCUAAUUUGCUGAAGAAAUUCCGGAGCUCCACUUCCUCUUCCCUGGGGGACAAGUCCGAGUAUCUGGAGAUGGAGGAAGGAGUGAAGGAAUCUCUCUGUGCGAAGGAGGAGAAGUGUCAGGGAAAGGAGGAUGACAGCGAGACAGACAAAAACAACUGUUCUAAUGUGAAGGCCGUGGAGACGGAUGUGUGAAUCUUGCUCUCCGCCCGCCACUGCCCCUCCCCCAACCCCAGCAUCUCCAAAUAUAUUUAUGCAUAGAGAGUGCAGUUAUGAAAAUGAAAUAUGCAAAUGAAGCCAACGCAUACAGUAGUACGCCAUUUAAUGGUUACACAUGGCAUAAUUGUUACUAAACUUGUCUUACAUAUCCAAUAAAUGAUACAUCUUGGAGAAGAGAGAGGCUUAAAUAGGAGCUAAUCUAUCUUUAUAUUUUUUAUUAGAAUGCAAGAAUUUUGCACAUUAACUGGAAGAGAUGUUAGAAGUAAAGAUGGUUCCGUGGAGAGAACGUGUUUCUGUGUGUGCUGCGUGCGUGUGUGUAUGUGUGUAAGUAAAUUGUCAACGUUGUUAGUAAUCGUGCAGUGAUGGGGAAAGUUGGCAUUUUGAAGUAUUUACUAUGUAAGAACUAAUGAA